AUAUAUGCACAUGUUUUGGAGAGCUGAGUGACAAUGAUCUUAAGACUUCCACUUUAAGAAUAAUCUACUGUUUUCUGCCUCAGGUAUCAACCCCGCGCCUACACAAAUUUUAUGUUUAUGCAAGAUCAUCUUCAACACAUCUCUCUAACCACCGCACGAUAUGCCACGAGAUCCUCUGAUCGGCCUCGUAGGCAAGCCCUCUUCAGGGAAAAGUACAACUCUAAAUAGUCUUACUGAUGCUUCGUCGAAAGUCGGUGAGUACAUAUAUCCUCCAUGCUAUUCUAUCUGACCUCAAAUUACCCCUCCAUACACUUACACCUCUUUCCCAUAUAGGCAAUUUUCCGUAAGCACUCCCUCCAUGAAUUACAUGCGCGGACUCCUAGGACUACGAAUAGAAAGCUGUGGAAAUCGCACAAGGGUAAAGCAAGAAGACAAAAUACUGAGCCAUUUCCAGAUUCACAACCAUCGAUCCUCAACGUGCAAUUGGCUACCUUCAAAUCGACUGUGCCUGCGCCCGCUACAAUCUUCAAUCGCGCUGCAAACCCAACUAUGGUUCCUGUAUAGAUGGGCGUCGCUCUGUUCCCAUCGAACUCCUCGAUGUAGCCGGUCUCGUUCCAGGCGCCCAUGAAGGAAAAGGUCUUGGAAAUAAGUUUCUCGACGAUUUACGCCAUGCAGAUGCGCUCAUUCACGUCGUCGACGUAAGUGGUACUACUGAUGCGGAAGGCAAAGCAACAAGAGGUUAUGAUCCUAGUUAUGAUAUCGUGUGGUUGCGCUCGGAGAUUGUAGCAUGGAUUCGAGGAAACUUGAUGCAGAAAUGGGGAUCGGUAAAACGGAGACAUGUAGCUGUGAAAGCUACAGCUGUCGAGACAUUACAGGGGCAGUUUUCCGGAUACGGAAGUACAAGUUCGGUGGUUGCGAGGACGUUGGAUAAAUUGGGGUUGAAGGAACCGUUGGAACAUUGGUCUGAUGAGACGAUUGAUUUGGUAGUGAAUGCUUUUACGGAUGAGAAAUUUCCGACGGUCAUUGCUCUUAAUAAAAUCGAUCAUGCGGAUGCGGAUAAGAAUAUUAGCAAGAUUGCGAAGAUGCAGGAUCCAAAGAGUAUUGUGUUGUGUAGUGCUAUUUCGGAGGUUUUCCUGAGGAGGUUGGCUAAACAGGGUUUUGUCAGGUAUACAGAGGGAAGUGAGUUUGUGGAUACGAGGGAUGAUUUGAUCGCCGACGGUGAUGAGACCGGUGGAGGUCUAAAAGAAUUGGACGAGAAGCUCAAAACGAGAAUUGAGAAUCUAAAGGACAUGGUUCUUUACAGAUUUGGAAGUACGGGAGUAGUUCAAGUACUCUCUCGAGCAGCAGAAUUACUAGGUUUAGUACCAGUAUUUCCUGUAAGGAACGUAGGAAGUCUAAUAGCGGGAAGUGGUGGUUCUGGAAGUGAGAAGGUGUUUAGGGAUUGUGUAUUGGUUAAAAAAAACACUACAGUCGCGGAGUGCGCAAGGAAAGUUAUGGGAGAUGCUCCUUUAGCUUAUGUCGAAGGAGCUGGUGGAGUGAGAGUUUCGGAAGAUGCUAUUGUUUCUGUUGGUCAUAAUGAUGUGCGUAUACUUUCCCUUUCUUUUUACAUUCAAAAUUUGACACUAAUGAUUAUCAGAUCCUUUCCUUCAGAGUUGGUAGAGCAUGAAAGCUGGCAGCUUUCAUCUCAAAAUGCAUGUAUGUUACGGGUCUGGCGUUUUAGGGAGAAGGAAUCAGCAUAGCAAAUGGCGUUCGUGAG